GUCCAAAUAAAAACAGAAAAGGCGACUUAUUAUUCUUCUCUCUCGGAGCAUUCAACCCCAAAUUCCAAUGGAAUCGCCGCCGGGAAAACCCCAAACCCGUGGCUCCGUCAACAGGCUCUCCUUCCUGGUUCAGUCCGCCGUUUCAAAUCUUCACUCCCUCAUCAACCACAAAACGACAUCUUAUCCUCUUCAACCCGCCCCUCCACGCGCUCGCUCCCCUCUCAUCAGCUCCGGUUCCACCCAACACCCACUGCUCUUAUUGCAAUCUGCCGCCUUCGAAUCGACUGAGUUAGAUUCGGGCCCCCCAACUCCGUCAUCCUCGAUCGAAAGCAUGCCUUCCAAGCCCAGUUUGGAAUCCACCGCUUCUGUGAGAAUUUCUGGCCCUGGUUCUGUUGGCAAAGGUGGGCCGGCUUUUGUUGGUCAGGUUUUCAGUAUGUGCAACCUCUCAGGCACUAGUCUUAUGUCUGUCUCCACGCACUUCCACAUUCCAUUUCUGUCUAAAAGUACUCCGGAGUGGCUUAAGAAGAUGGUUGAUGGAAUUACUAAGACUGAAAGGAGUGGCCCUGUGUUCCGGUUCUUUAUGGAUCUGGGUGAUGCAGGUUGUCUAGCAAUGCUGACAUUUUGAGUCUUAUGCUCCAAGGAGACAGUUCCAUCGUAUCAAACCUCAACAAUAAUGAUUUUUACGGGUCCAUUUGUUGAAAAAUAAUACACCUUUAUGUUCCAUAUCUUAUGUCAAACGGAUGAAUGUUCCAAGUGGCGUGGUUGGUGCAUGUCGUCUUGAUUUAGCAUAUGAUCAAUUUAAGGAAAACCCUGAAUUGUUUCAGUUUGUUCCAAAUAAAAAGCAGGUCAAGGAAGCCAAAAAACUUCUCAAUGCAAUGCCACAAAAAGGUCAAAAGAAGCAUUUAGAAGGUGUUCCUGUUUUUAGUGCUCAAAACCUGGAUAUUGCAAUAGCAACAAAAGAUGGUAUAAAAUGGUAUACUCCAUAUUUCUUUGACAAAAGGAUGUUAGACAACAUACUUGAAGAUUCGGUUGAUCAGCAUUUCGAUUCACUAAUCCAUACAAGGCACCUAGAACGUCGGCAGGAUGGUAUUGAUGACAAUGUUUCUUCUGAAUUAGUUGAAGAGAUGGGAGACAGCAUGUGGGAACCUCCAGAGGUUCUGGAAGUAAUAGAUGAAAUUGGCCUCCCCGAAAUUCCUCUGAGCGUCAUUUCUAAAGCUGCUGAAAACCAGCUUCUAGAUGCUGUUGACAAAGUCCUAUUGGGAAAUAGAUGGCUCCGGAAAGCGAUCGGUGUUCAACCAAAAUUUCCUUACAUGGUUGACUCUUUCGAAAGAAGGAGUAUAUCUUCCUUCCAGAGAGCACGCAAGGCACCUAAUACUGAUGCCAUAUCUGAUUCUGAUACCCAAUUAAAUUUUAUCGGUUCAUCAAAGGAAAAAAUGGAUUAUCUGCCAGAUAAGCAAAGGGAACUAAAAAGACGAAAUGAACCACAUCCAUGUGCUUUUCUUCCAAAUAUUACAAUGAUAGGAGUGGCAAUGAGGGAGGGUGGCCAGGUGAGCAAAGCUGCAUUGAAGAAGACUGUGGAAGAUCUGACAAAAGAAUUGGAGAGCACUGAGCAGCAAAUUCAUAUGGGAAACAUCAAUGAUAUUUUGGAGCAUGAGGAAAGGGAUCCUCUCUUUGUAGCCAAUGUCGGCGACCAUCUUCUCAAUGGUGCUAAUGCAGGUUCAGCUACAUGGGUUCGAUCUGGUGGAGCAGUUUGACGGUUCAACUUUAAACUAGUGGCUUUGAUGGAUGGUGGGCAUGUAUGAUGAUUGAUACACACCCCAGCUAAAAUAUUUCCCCCACGUUCUUACAAUUUGUGCGGAAUGUUAAAUUGUUUUGUAACUUGUAUAUUUGGUAUUAAAACAAUUUGCACAUUAUGUCCGGCACUCCGGCCAGUUCCUUUUUUUUUACCCGAGCUAAGAGAAUCCCUUCAGACGUUCAUAUGACAGAAAUUCUCUGCAUUUUCAAACACAUUUGGAAGGCAUUGCUCCAGGUGGAGUAAACGUGGAGGUCUUCUUUUCUUGCGCCGAAGGCCUACAACAAGCAACUAUCCAGGUUAGGAGGCGACCAUCUCUUUUGAGCUUAAGAAAAAUGUAUUAUACAUGUAUUAUUUUCAUAAUUUUUUUUAAUUACAUUAGAUAUAUAGAUGCAUGCAACUUUAAUUUAUAGUUUUCAAAGUUAAUUUUAUACUGUUAAGUAAUCCUUAAUACGUGUUGUCUUUUUAACAUA